AUGUCAAGUUCUAGGAUACCCUACUGGCGUCUAAUCUUGGAUCAAAAAGUUGUGACCCAGGAAAUUGUCAACUAUCCCUACGAGGGUUCAGGCACGGAGGAUGAUCCAUAUGUCGUCGUUUGGAUCCCCGAGGAUCCCCGCAAUCCGAUGAAUUUCAGCUCCGUGCGGAAAUGGGCCUACACGAUCUUGGUAUCCUUCGUCACCCUCACCGUGGCUCUGGUGUCUUCAGCGUAUUCUGGCGGAAUGGGCCAGAUUGUCAAGGACUUUGAUUGCGGAGAGGAAGUUGCUAUCCUCGGGAUUUCUCUAUUUGUCUUGGGUUUUGCGUUUGGCCCUCUAUUAUGGGCGCCGCUGAGCGAAACAUUCGGUCGUCGACACAUCUUUACGGCAACGUUCUGUCUACUAACGGCCUUCAACGCGGGCGCGGCUGGGGCCAAGAAUAUCCAGACCCUGAUUAUUCUACGCUUCCUAGCCGGCUUUUUCGGAUCAUCCCCCUUCGGGAAUGCUGGGGGUACGAUCGCCGACAUGUUCCCGGCAUCGCACCGUGGCAUUGCGAUUAGUCUCUUCGCUGCAGCACCUCUAUGUGGUCCUACCAUUGGACCUAUCAUCGGUGGUUUCCUAGGUUCGGGGGCCGGUUGGCGCUGGGUUGAAGGGUUCCUGGCAGCACUGGCUGGUGUCAUCUGGCUGUGCAUGAUUGUCUUUCUCCCGGAGACGUACGCCCCAGUCCUUCUGCGGCGGCGAGCUGCAAAGCUCUCACAGCUCACGGGUCAAGUGUAUUGCAGCAAACUCGACAUCGAACGAGGCCAGGUCAAACUAAGCAAGACGCUAAGCACCGCGCUCUCUAGACCAUGGCUUCUCAUGUUGAGAGAGCCGAUCGUCCUGCUGUUCUGCAUCUAUAUGGCCAUCAUCUACGGCACGUUAUAUAUGCUGUUUGCCGCAUAUCCCAUUGUCUUUCAGGAAGCCCGUGGCUGGAGCGAAGGCAUCGGAGGCCUCGCCUUCUUGGGCAUCCUCGUUGGUAUGGUGAUCGGUGUCGCAUACACCUUUCCGGACAACAUGCACUACGCGAAGAGAUGCAGAGAAACGACCGCACGACUGCCUCCUGAGGUGCGUCUGCCGCCCAGUAUAGUCGGGGGAAUCGCCCUCCCAAUCGGAUUAUUCUGGUUCGCCUGGACAAACUACCCUUCAGUUCACUGGAUGGCAUCCGUCGCGGCGGGAGUUCCCUUUGGGUUCGGGCUGGUCCUGGUCUUCCUCAGCGUCUUCAACUAUCUGAUCGACGCGUAUACGAUCUUUGCGGCCUCGGUGUUGGCCGCUAAUUCCGCGCUUCGCAGUCUGUUCGGGUUUGCGUUCCCGCUAUUCACCACUUACAUGUACCACAACCUGGGUAUUCACUGGGCGUCAUCCAUCCCGGCCUUCCUGGCCGUCGCCUGCAUCCCGUUUCCCAUUAUCUUCUAUCUGUAUGGGGCUAGGAUUCGGAAGCGGUGUGUAUACGCUGCUGAGGCUGAGGCGUUUAUGCAGCGCCUUGCAGCAAUGAAGCAGCCGGAGAUUGCGCAAAAGUCCCAGACGCAGGAGGACGGGGCCCUCAAAGAGCAGAAAGAAACCGUCAUGGUGAAUGACAGUGAGGAUAGUGACAGUCUGUCCACCUUCCCUUCUCACACUGCGCUUGGUCGACAGGCCUCGAUAGCGUCCAAACGGUCUGGCCACACUAUUGCACGUACUGCAACCCAGUAUGAGGAGAACCCAUACGACAUUGACCGGAUCAAUACUCGGAAUUCUGUGAUCAGCGGCCGCCGGUGA